UUCAUGAACGUCGUCGUCAGCGCACAUAUGACAAUGAGCACAGCAGCAUUCGGGAGCAACUACUACGUGGACCUCCUGAGGGUGACAACUAUUCUCGGAAAUUUUUUCUUCUUCUUCUACGACAUGCUCCAUUCGUUCACCUUGAGACCUUGCUGCGAAGUGUUGAUCGCAUACGUACGACACCAACAUGCCACAAUUCGGGCAGUUCUUCCCAUGGAGGAUGGUGCGAUCACCCGCUCUCUGGGAAUGUCGGGAGUAGCGGAACUUCAAAGGGUUAAGUCAAACCUACGUUCUAUUGGAAAGCUUCGGGAACUUCUCAACGACAUCUGGCAGUACUCUCUAGCGGUAUCAUCGGCCUCUCUGCUUAUCGUCGGAUGUAUCUGCGUCUACUGCACUUUCGAUAGCGGGAUGCCCCUGAAUCAAAUCCUGUUGACCUUGUCAUACUUUGUAUACUCGGCUCUGGACUUUGUAGACGUGGCCCACUUGAGCGAUGCGAUGGCCAGCGAGGUUCGAGCUUUGAAGGACACACUAGCGAUGGCAUCCAUGCAUCGGAGCUCCGCUGAUGAGUUGCGCCAGGUUGCCAAUCUCUACAUUUCCAUCUGCCCUGAAGACAUGUCCCUGAGCGGGGGCAACUUCUUCACGCUUGACUUACCUCUGCUUGUGUCGAUUGGUGGCUCUAUUAUCACCUACUCCGUCAUUCUGGUACAAACGAGCGACGAUAAGGAACACCUUCAAGUUGCUCAUACAAACCACAGUUCAUUGGGUACAUUGUGAGUUCUACAUCUAAAGGAGCCAC